CAAAUAAAUAUCACACGAUUCCGUUUCACAGCGAAGCAUUUCAACGGCACACCCAGAAGUAAUGUCUGUUCUCACACAAGCCGAAGUUGAUUGCUUGCUCACUGAACUGGACCCGUAUGUUGACACGGAAGAGGAGAGGGAAGCCCUCGGUUUGAAGGCAUUUACCAAAUACUUCGCUGAAAUACCAGGGUUUGGUGAAAGAUUUUGCACGGAAGAUGAGAAAGAUCUCAAUGUUGUCCUCCACUCCGACGCCGUGAAAAAUCUCGCACGGCAAGCUAUUGAACAUAUUGUAGAGUUUAUUAAUGCCGCCUCUGAUACCGAGAAGCUCGACGGAUAUCUGAGAGCGUACGCAGAAUCAUAUGCAACUAUGUUUUUGAAAAGGAAACUACACUCGAACGCUGAACCAAUCGUUAUUGAGUUUUACAAGUCGAUUUUGAAGAGCGCGGAGAACCAAGCUGCGAUGGAGAGGCUGAUGAAGCACGUAUUCCAAGUGGUUCGUAGCUAUUUUGAUGCACGUCGAAAACUUAUGUCUAAAUGA